ACAGCAGCAGCAGCAUCCAUGAAGCAGCUGGCUAGCUCUUCUAGGUGCGGCAGCAGCAGAGAGUAGACAACAUCGCAGGCUAGCAGCUAGUGCGGUUGACGUUUAUUUUUUCUAAGUCCCCGUUUCUUAACAAAAGCCAACGCUGGACGUGAAUGUUUUUUUUUCCCUCUCCUUCUUCUUUUUUAAUUCCGCGAUGUAUAAGUAACUUAUUAGGUUAUCAAAAUCGUCAACGAGCCUCAAAAUAGUAGCUGGGUCAAACCAACAUCGUUUACGCUCACCCGGAAAAUCAGCGAAGCGAAGCUAAUAGUGUAGCUAAUGGUAGGAUAGCUAGCGGGCUAGCUUUCUCAAGUGCGUUAACGCCAAGACCUAGAUUUGACUGAGUUGAUUUUUUAAACGAAAACCUCUGCAAUGGCGGAUGUUGACAAACUCAACAUAGACAGCAUCAUCCAACGUCUUUUAGAAGUCAGAGGAGCAAAGCCGGGCAAGAAUGUGCAGCUGCAGGAGAAUGAGAUUCGUGGAUUAUGCCUCAAGUCCAGGGAGAUCUUUCUCAGUCAACCCAUUCUUCUGGAGCUAGAGGCCCCUCUCAAGAUUUGUGGUGACAUCCAUGGGCAAUACUAUGACCUGCUGAGGCUGUUUGAGUAUGGCGGCUUUCCUCCAGAGAGCAACUAUCUGUUUCUUGGUGACUAUGUGGACAGGGGGAAGCAGUCUCUGGAAACCAUCUGCCUUCUACUGGCCUACAAAAUCAAAUACCCUGAGAACUUCUUCCUGCUGAGGGGAAACCACGAGUGUGCUUCAAUCAACAGAAUAUAUGGUUUCUACGAUGAGUGUAAAAGAAGGUACAACAUCAAACUCUGGAAGACCUUCACAGACUGUUUUAACUGUCUCCCUAUUGCUGCAAUUGUUGAUGAAAAGAUCUUUUGCUGCCAUGGAGGACUAUCACCUGACCUUCAGUCCAUGGAGCAGAUCAGACGCAUCAUGCGUCCCACUGAUGUGCCCGACCAGGGCCUGCUGUGUGAUUUGCUCUGGUCCGACCCAGACAAGGAUGUUUUGGGCUGGGGGGAGAACGACAGGGGUGUGUCAUUUACAUUCGGCUCAGAGGUGGUUGCCAAGUUCCUGCACAAGCAUGACCUGGAUUUGAUCUGUCGCGCUCAUCAGGUUGUUGAGGAUGGCUAUGAAUUUUUUGCAAAGAGGCAGCUUGUUACUUUGUUCUCAGCGCCUAACUAUUGUGGGGAGUUUGAUAAUGCCGGUGCCAUGAUGAGUGUUGAUGAGACUCUCAUGUGCUCUUUCCAGAUAUUGAAACCAGCUGAGAAGAAGAAGCCCAAUGGCAGCCGUCCUGUAACUCCUCCCCGCAACAUGGUCACCAAGCAAGCCAAGAAAUAAAGGGUCGGGUGGGGAACCAAUGGCCAGAACGUUCCUCUGGCCUGCUUUCGUCUUCUGCAUUUGAAGGAUUGGUUAUUUUUCCUGCUGCCAAUACUGAAAAGAUGCCCACUCCUAUUUGAUGAAAGCAAAGUAUUUUAUUCUUUUGUCCACAGGGGUAAAUUGAUAUGUCACCUUGAAAAACCUCAGGUGUUUUGCACUCCAUUUUGCAGCUCGUUUUUGCCACAUAUGACUGUUCAAUCAGGAAAAAUGUAACACUAUGGCUACUUAUGCACAGGAAUGCCUUGUUUGAAGCUGUGCACAAUUUUUCCAGGUUUUUUUUGUCUCAGUUCAUUUGUCAUAAUUUUUCCACUGUCAGUAAUUGUUAUUAAUGGCUAUAAAAGUAUGAGGAAAGUCAAACAGCUGUUUACUUAUGGAAACUUUAUUUACAGUUAAUUUACCGUCAUUGUCAGGGAAUUGGCUGGAUUGACAUACAGCAUCACAUUUUUAAACAGGUCAUGCUAAAGUAAAUGAAUAAAGAUGCACUCUUGUAAUGUCUAAAUCUUUCUAAUAAACUUUGAGUGUAUUUUA